CUGGCGCAGGAUGGCAGACAAGGACCCGCGGAGCGCGCAGGAACUCUCGCAGUUUGCAGAAAACCUACUACAGCAACUGCAGGAGAACUUUCAAGCUUUGACUGAAAAGUUAACUCUGAGAAUGGAAGAAAUGGGUGAACAUAUUGAUGACCUUGAAAAGCAUGUCACUGACCUAAUGGCACAGGCCGGGAUAGAAAAUACGAAUGAGGAUCUGAUGCACUGAAAAUGAGAACAUACUGAUCAAGAAAUACAGACUGAUUCUGUAUUACAUUCUAUUGAGAAAGAGGAAGAAUGUCAUUUACAAACAGGAUGUGUAUUUCUACAAAAUUCAAGUGAAAAUAACGUGCAUUGUAAAGGACUUCAAAGGGUAAAAUUUUUAGUCUUGCACCAUGACUGACAGCAAGAAUAUCUAUUAAUAUUUCAGCAAUCACAAAGAAUAGG